AUGUCCAACCCCGGUGCCAGUCAGCAGACGAAGUUUCGCUUGAACCCGAAGCCCACUUACAGUGAGCGCAUGUCGGAGACAAGAGGCGAAAUCAGGCGCAUCAUGAAGGAGGCCCUUCGCCAGAUUACCGGCGAUGAGGUCGCCACCAUGCAUUGGCCCACCUACUGGAAAGACGUCGUCACUCGAUACCACGUCAUCAUCGAGGGUUGGCCGGACGACGUUCCCUUCCGAAACCUUAGCGACGUUUCCAAUCUCGGGAAACUGGAGCAGCUUCUGCGUGGGUGGCAGAAUGGAAACAUUUCUUUCCGGCGCAUCUCAGACGCGGAGUUUGCGGCUCUGAACGCGCAGCGCGAGGCCGGGGGAUCUGCGGAUUAG